AUGCCUGCUAAGAACGAAUUCCUCUGCAUUAUCCCGGACAAGCCGGGCGUGCUGGCCAAGCGACUGGAAGUCCGCUCCCAGCAUCUGGAAGAUGUCAAGCCCCUCGUAGAAGCCGGCUCCGUGGUUCUGGGAGGCGCAAUGCUCGACAAGCACCCCAAGGAGGGCGAAUCGAUGACCUUUCAAGGAACCUCUCUCAUGAUCGUGGUAGAGACCAAGGAGGAGGCGGAGGAGAUCAUCAAGAAUGAUAUCUAUGCCAAUAGUGGGGUUUGGGACUUGGAGAAGGUGCAGAUUAUUCCGUUCAAGUCGGCCGUGCGGGUGGGAUUGUAA